CAAGAGUCCAAGCGAGAGCACUCACCGGGCCUUAAUCUCUGCGCUACAACGAUAACCGAACAAAAUCCAGAAAACAAUCAAGUUUGGUCGAUUCCUCUCCAUUCCCACGCACCAUGUCACCCUCCUUGUCUCUUCUACUAAAUCCCCCAACCCCUCCCAAACUCUUCCCUCUCUUCCCCACGAACCUACGACCUUGCCUUUCCUUCGCAUCCCCCAAAUCCACGAUAAAGUUCCGUACUAAACUCCACUACCAUUCACUCUCUCUUCCCUCCCUCCAAAACGACGACGUCGAGGACAUCGUCAUCGGCGACUGCAUCGUCUUCGAAGAAGGCGCAUUCGAGGACCCCUACCUCCAACAAGACGUCGUUUUCGAGAGCCCCACUCCCGCUCCCAACCCAAAGGCAAACAAACACAAGCACAAGAAACCCAUCACGGAAAUCGAGCCCGAGAACUUAAUCCCGGACCAGUGGCACCAAAUCCAGGCGGAGAUCAACAUCACCAAGAAAGAGCGGCGCAAGAUUGCUCAGCAAUUGGAGUUCGGCAGCAAAGUGGAGAAGAAGAAGAAGGGGUACGAGCCCAUUAGGAACGUGAACUUGAAGGAGUAUUUGGAGUUAAAACAGGCCAAGUUGGCACAGGUGAAGCCGCUCGUGCUCGAUAACCCGUCGCGGUUUCCGGUGAAGGAGGAGAAAGGAGGUGAAGUGAACGCGUCGAGUGAGCGAGUGGCGCCCAAGAACCCCAGGUGGGCGGUGUACGGUAGGGGCUUGGAGGACGUGACGGAGUUCUUCAAUAGUGGGAAUUACGAGCCUGGUGAAAAUAAAGCCUCUGAAGGCCGUCGUAAGUUGUUUACUAAGGAGGAAAAGCUUCUGCUGAAUAGGAAGAAACCUGAUGUGGCAGCUGCUACCUCUGAAAAGUGGUUACCUUUGCAUACUCUUGCUGCAUCAGGAGAGUUCUACCUCGUGGAUGCUUUAUUGAAGCAUAAUGUUGAUAUCAAUGCUUCGGAUACGGAUGGUUGGACUGCUCUUCACAAAGCAAUAAUUGGAAAAAAGCAGGCCAUUACAAACUAUCUUUUGAGAGAGUCAGCUAAUCCAUUUGUGCUCGAGAAAGAUGGGGCCACUUUGAUGCACUAUGCGGUCCGAACAGCUUCCAGUCAAGCAAUUAAAAUUCUUCUACUGUAUAAUGUUGAUAUAAAUCAUCAGGACAAUGAUGGGUGGACACCAUUACAUCUUGCUGUUCAAGCCCGGAGAACAGAUCUAGUGAGGCUUUUAUUGAUUAAAGGAGCUGACAAGACAUUGAAAAACAAGGAUGGUUUAACCCCACUUGACGUGUGCCUUUAUUUGGGUCAAGACACAAAGACUUAUGAGCUAAUUAAGCUGUUGAAGCAGCUUCCUAAGCUAGGGUGACUGCUCCAACAACCAACACAACCAUCAAUGAUACAACUUCUCGAGAUGGCUAGCGUUCCCAACGUCAGCUUUUUGGUUUCCUCAUAAGCUACAUGAUCCUAUAAAGAAUUGGAUUCUCAUACUUCUUUUUGGGUCCGGACGGCGAAGGGCGGCACCAGCAAAAAUGCAAAUGAAAGGAGUGAGUUUGACACCCUGAACCUUGCAAAAUUGGGACAAGGAUCCUCUCCAUUUCACUUGAAAGGUAGAUGAGCCAUUUCAUCGUCAAGAUUGAAUGUUGUAUUUAAUUGUGUAAACGAUGUUACAUCAUUUAAAUUUUUCGAAUGAUGUUUCAACGUAUUUAUCACGUGUCAUCAUCUA